AUGGGCGGCAAUUCUCGAUUGGUAAAAAAUCAUGGUGAAGACGAAGAGACUGUGAGAACUACGAGGAGUUUGAAAGACCGAGGUGAGGCUGUAAGGUGGUGUUUGAAGGCAAGUGGCGGCUUUAGAGGAUACAGCUCUGACUGGUCAAGUGGUUAUGGCAACAUAUGGUCAAGUGCAUUCUUGAAAUCUGGUUUGGGUUCAGACCGUUUAACAUCUAGCAGUGGGCAUUUUGGUAAUAUUCCUUUGCUUCUUACUACCAACCCACCUGGCCUACACCCACACCAUACCGUGCCUUUUUGCUUAUUUAUAUACAACCAUUCUCUACCAAAUACACUAGUCUUGAUCAAUUCCUCUAGCUGUGCUUCACUAAUUCAUCAUCUCAGUAGCUACAUGCCUGAUGCUCAGAUAGCAUCAUUGGCUAUUAGAACCAGAAAUGGGCUUCUACUUAAAGGGGGAAAAGAAGCCAAACGAUCCAAUGCUAUCUUGCACAAGGUUAAUUUAGUAAAUUCAAUCAUAAUCCCGAAAACAAUUGGUAAAGAGCUUAUUACACUUGUGACUUCUCGAGAACAAAUUCCUCAACUCCUUAAGCUUGAUGAUGUAAUCGAUCUUGUGAUUCCAAGAGGCAGCAACAAUCUUGUUUCCCAAAUUAAAUCUUCAAUCAAAAUUCCUGUUCUAGGCCAUGCUAUUUAG